UUGCAUUUUUUUGAAAGAGAUUACUUGGAUCGAUCGUGAUGGAACUGUUAUAUUACAAUUAGAAUAACAAUUGAAAUAAAUGUGGCCGGUUUUUGUAUCGUUUUCGUUGCACUGUUUUGUCUUCAUUUUUAACUCAGAUUUUUACCCUAGUCACCUGUACUUUGUCGAGAAUGUAUGAUGUGUCAGUGUAUUGUACAUCAGACAUUGUAUUUCGUCGGCCUCUUUCCUUUUUGUCAAUGACAAUUUUGCAUUAGCGGCGCCACACAUAUAGUGCAUAGCUAUCACCUUUCUGUUGCAAAACAAAGGCGCAAUUGUUAUAAUAAUAAAGUCGGAAAUCAUGGAAAGAAAUCUAUCAACAUUGACAGAAUCCAGUGUAUCGGUAGAUACGCGCAAAACAUCUCUUGGACAACUCCCAUUCAACGGUAUCGCUCUCUCAGCUUGCUGUCCGAGUACAAUGGAAAAAUUAAGAAGCGGAAAAAAUGCGCAAGUGGGAUUUACGGUUGUAUUUGCGGCCAUCUUGUUUUCGUAUGGCAUGUCACUCAGCUACACGAAUUCCGUAAUAAUAUCAGUGGAGCGCCGUUUUGGAUUAAGCACCAAGGAAAUCGGAUAUAUACUUGCUGCUACAGAGAUUGGUCAUUUGGCAAUUGCGGUCUUUGUGGCGCAUUUCUUCGGUAACCGGCAUCGUCCGCGCUGGAUCGCACUGGGCACGGUCACCAUGGGAUUGUCAUUUUUUCUCUUUGCCGCGGUUGAAAUAAUUUUUCCCAGAGUACCUCAUUUAUCCAUAAACCAGCCGCACAAACUAUGUAAUCCUUUAUCCCAGUCCGGCAAUGUAACCGCACAGCCCGCAAGUGCAAUGACGUCAGUUGCAGCGCUGUUGAAUUCUCAAUGCGGUCAUUCCAGUAACGACGAAGCUAUCGGACCGGUGGCAGUGCUUGCCCUUUCCCAUGUUUUAAUCGGUUUCGGAAGUGCAACUCCAAUGAUUUUGGGCUUUCCCUACCUGGAUGAUAAUAUUCCUGCAGCAGAUCUGCCUGUUUAUUACGGAAUCGCAUUGUUUGGGAAACUGAUCGGACCAGCGACUGGUUACGGCAUUGGAUCCAUUUGUACCACCAUUUAUUACGAUUUUACAAAGCCACAUUUCAGUCCGGCUGAUCCCCGGUGGAUUUCCGCUUGGUAUAUCGGCUUUAUCGUUGCUGCAGUUGCUCUCAUUAUCCCUGGAAUACUCAUUGCGAUCUUCCCAAAGACCAUUAGUACCACCAAGAGAAGAAGGCGCUCGCUGAAGCGCUCGAAGACAGAGAACAUAACACUCUGGGAAAUCGCCAACGUCGAAGCUGUCGAGCAUAAUGGAAACUUAUAUAAAGCUGAUAACGGCGCAACACCGGUGUUUGCUCUAAGCUCGUGGAAAAAGUUACUAGCGGAUCUCCGGCGGUUGGUUUCAAACUUGGCCUUCGUGUGCAGAACAAGCAGUAUGUUUAUCGAUGGAAUGAUCAUUGGAGGAUUUCUGCAUUACAUCCCAAAAUAUUUUGCUCAACAGUUUAAUGCUACACAGUCGCAGGCAGCAUUAAAUGGAGGUCUGCCCAUUGUCAUAGCAGUCAGCUGUGGAAUAUUGGCUGGCAGCGCUCUAACGAAGCGCUUCAGCUUUCUGCCGCGACAUGUUGCCCUAUCUCUCGUCAUUCCUAAUUUGAUUCUGUCAAUUGGAUUAUUUGUUGCCAUCGGAAUCCAGUGUGCACCAAUGGAAAUUUAUACUGGGGAUAGCGUUACUAAAAAUAUAUAUGACGGAGACUUCCAGCUAACAUGCCCGGCGAAUAACGAGUGCAACUGUGAUAUUCGACAGUUUAGUCCUGUGUGUCAUCCGUCCAGUGGGGUCAGCUUCUAUUCGCCGUGUUUCGCUGGAUGUCGUGAAAACGGCACACUCAGUCCAAUAGAAAAGAAAAUGCGGUAUCGAAAUUGCAAGUGUCUGAAUGCGUUCAAUCUCAAUCACGGACAAGGCCCCGAUUCGACUACGCAUCAGAAUGUUGUUAACCAUUCUAAUGUGUCACCUUUGUCGGAACUUAAGGAUGGCCUAUGCAGCAAAAACUGCCAGAAACAAAUGAACGGGCUUACCGCACUUCUGGUUAUAUCAGUAUUUUGCUACGGCAUUGCCAUGCCUGGACAAGUUAUUCUACAAUUCCGAGUUGUAGAUUUGGAUCUCAAGAAUUUAUGCGCCGGGGUAACCUCGCUAACCGUCGCGGCUUUUGGACUACUCCCGUCUCCCAUAUUCGUUGGCGCCAUAGUGGAUUCCACGUGCAGCUUGUGGCAGACCACGGCCUGUGGCAACAAAGGAGCGUGUCUAUUGUAUGACACGGAUCAAUUUCGGUGGAAAUUCUUCUUGGCAGCUGGUUGUUUAAAAUUCUUGACGGUGGUCUUAGAUAGCAUGGUUGCAUGGAAAGUGUGGAAGUACGCUUCUGAUCGCUCGAGUAAUAAAACGGAUAACAACAUCAGCAGCACGCAGACCAAAACAGCCAACAGAAGCAUUCGCAUCGAUCAGGAUGGAAAUACAACAACAACAAGUGUACAAUGAAAAUGAUAAAUUCGUGUAAAUUUAAUAGACGAUGGUAAAACAUCAAAUACUGCACACGGCUGUGUCUUUUUUGUUUUUUCUGACUAAAUCAACCAGCAAGUGGGUGUAAAAUGAAUACAGCAUGAUGCAGGGCAUACAGAAAACCGUAACAAACAAUACUGUCAAAAAGGGUCCAAGACGACCGAUUACGAACUGCUGUCACCAUUGAGACACUUCCAGAAUGAUGAAAAGGUAAGUCCCAAGAACGCCAAGAACCUGCAAAAUAUUUCAAAGUGUCUCAGACUUAUUCAGUUGCCAGUAUCUGAAGGCGGACGGCAUACCACUAAGAAAAUAUUUUUGUCCAAAACAGCAAUGCUCCAUAAAGUAAGAGCU